CCGAGGACCGAAGCUCUUUGCCAUCGCGAGCGAAGGGAAAGCAAAACCCUAUAUCUUGCUCGCUUCCCUCGCUUCAGGGCUGCAUCCAUGGCAUUGGUUGAUGCCCCAGACAUGGUACGAGGCCAGAUGAAUUUCAAGCGGCUGAGCCUGACUGAUAUUAAGAUUGACAUCCCAAGGAUUCCUAAAAAGAAGACACUGAUUGCUGCCAUGGAAGCAGCUGAUGUGAAGAACAAAUGGGAGAACAGUUCAUGGGGGAGGAAGCUGAUUGUGCAAAAGAGGAGAGCCUCCCUCACUGACUUUGACAGGUUCAAGGUUAUGUUGGCGAAGAUCAAGAGGGGAUACACUAUUAGACAGGAACUGAGCAAGCUGAGGAAGCAGAGUGUUUAAUUUUUUGGCGGGCUACUUCCCCAGAGUGAUUAAUUUUGAUUUAUGUAGGCCAUGAACUUGGCCAUUGUUCCAAACAAAUUUGUCAGACUUUUUGUUUCGUUUUAAGGCAUUUAUGGCUGUGUACGUUUUUGUUGUAA